GUCCGAUCUCUGCGGUAGCGUCAGGUAGGGUCUGAAGUCCGAAUGCCACCGAGUGCUGGCGUAGCGAGGCGAGCGGCGAUCCCGCGCGAUCCUGGAGACCCUGGAACCAGGACUGUCAGGAGUCGGAUCGAUCCCGAAGGUGCAGAAAUCGAUAUUAGGCGUGUUUAUGCCGCAUCACCUACGUACGACAUCGAAUGGAUAAGAUCGGACUUGGCAGACAUAGAAAUUUCUAAAUUCGUGAGCGGCAUCGCAGGUAGCAAGUCAACGGCGUCGCGCAAUAAUCCACGAAGAUGUUACAGAACGUCGACGAGCUCCGGUUAUUCGAGCCAUUCGCCGCCAUUGUCAGCUGGCUCGUACUCCUAUUACGCGUCAGCAUCAACGAGAAAUCCAUCAUACGGUAGCCUAGCGGUAAUUCAUGAGAGCGAAGCGAUACCGCGGCCAAUUUGGCCUUCCAUCAUCUAUCAUCAUACCGAGGAUCACAAUGCAGGCGGUUAUGAAGGUAUUUAUACAUGCCACGUAUGCGGUUGCACGUAUAAGUAUUCGCCACCGCAGCCGCAGCUGAUAUCAUCACCAUCAAGAGCUCGUGAGGUGCUGCUCGAAUUAUCCCGAACUCUCAAUUCUGUGAUAGACGGCAACGUCACGGCGGCACCAGAAGAUAUCUUGCGUGAUAUAUCGCGCAUUGUUUCCCUAGAGAUCGGCAUGAAGAACGACAACGUGUACGAGUACAUUUGCCCAUCCUGGGUGUUUAAUGAUAAUAAUCCAACAAUAUCGCCGAGCUGCAUGAAGAAUGUACCGUCGAAAGUGAAUCCAAUCAACUCAAAACUUUGUGUCAGCCCUCGUUGCCUUUACAAGUACAACUCGACGCAAUCCGCGCCGUCGCUCAAGAAUGACAGGAUGACGAGACGUGAAGGCGACAGCAAUAUGAGAAACAACUUCAGCCUCGCGAGAAAGAAACCUUGCACAACAGAGUCCAAAUAUUCGCAGCUAGUAUGCAGCGACAUCGGAUCGUCUACAAUCGAAGGAACAAUUGCCUCGUUGAGCGCGAACAAUUGGAACCAUCGCUUAACUGUUGGAAGUUUGGGCGAAGAUUUUGAUUUCACGCUCGACGUGACACAGGCCGAGCGUUUAGGCCGGACUAUUGCGAGAGCGAAACGGAAGCGGCAAUGGUGCAGAACCCUGACCACUUUCUUCGGUCUAGUUUUCUUCGUGUUGAGCGUCGUCGUUGUCUCGUUAUCUGUAACGAGGGGUCGUAAGGUGUUUGGAAGCAUGUAAGAGUCAAAAGAGCUUAUGCGUGAUCUAAUUAAUAAUUAUUCGGCUUAUAAUACUUUUCCUCGUGAAAUUAAAG